GAUUACUACAGCUUUAACGACAACGCUUCUGGAAUUAAAAUUCAUGAGUUAUGGACUUACGUCAGAGAAAAAAUGAAGAAUAAUCGAAAACAACUUUAUGACGAGUUUGCGACAUUACCAACUGGACUUGUCCAUAAGCAUGAAAUCGCAGCUCAGGAAAGGUACAAGGGCAAAAACAGAUACAAGGAAAUGUAUGCAUACGAUCAUUCACGUGUACCACUUGAAAAAGCGAAGCCAGACGAUCCAGAUUAUGUAAAUGCUUGUUUCAUUGAUGGUUAUGAGAAAGUAAAGAAGUUCAUUGCAUCACAAGGCCCGACGAAUAACAUGAUAGAUGAAUUUUGGCAGAUGGUUUGGCAACAGAAGGCUGACAAAAUUGUGAUGCUGACAAAUCUCAUUGAAAUGGCAUCGAUAAAGUGCAUACAAUACUGGCCAGAGAAGGGUGACACUUGCUCAUACGGCGGCAUAACUCUAUCAUACAUCAACACGAAAGAAUUUCAAGACUACAAUAUACGAACAUGGGAAGCCGUGCAGACCGGCAGUAAACCACGCCAAAUACGCCAGUUCCAUUUCAAAACCUGGCCUGACAAGGACGUUCCAGACAGUGCUUGGUGCCUUGUCGACUUCUGGAAAGCUGUUGACACUGACAGUUCAGAAAAUGGAUCACCGAUUAUUGUGCACUGCAGUGCUGGAGUUGGUCGGACAGGAACAUUUAUCGCCCUUGACAACCUGAUACACCAGGCAAAAGAAGAAAAGUGCGUUCGACCUCUUCAAAUGGUUCAGACAUUACGCAGACAAAGGGUGAACAUGGUACAGACGAAAGAACAGUACGUGUACCUUCACGAGGCCGUAGCAGAGGCGUUGCUGAUCGGCACACACCACGUGUACUCAAAGCAGUUUGAUAGUUUCUACAAGCACAUGGUAAACAAAGAGCCCGAAUCGCUGAAGACGAGGGUUGAAGAACAGUUCAAUGAUUAUUUGUUGUCUUUGCCAUAUUUAGUAGAUGCCUAUCGUCCUAAGCUGAGAAACAGAGGAUCUAACAUUGUCCAAAGACUUGGAACUAUUUUCAUACCGAACUACGCGAAUAAGAACACGUUCCUGGUGGGUAUGUCGCCUACAGAACAAACGCUGGAAGAAUUCUGGUCCUUGAUUGAAGAACAACACAUCACCACCGUCAUCAUGCUAACGUCACAGUCACAUGCCGCGUACAAGACUUGUCAGUACCUUGGAAGCAGUGACGGAAAACAAAUCGGCAAGUUUAAAGUCAACUGCAUCCAUGAGAAGCAGAACAAAGCUUUUCAAGAAAAAUGUUUUUCAUUCAAGGACGUUAACCACGAGGAUGAAGAUUAUCUAACGACAAUCCGCCAGUUUGAAUUUUUUGCCUGGCGGGAUGGCGAGGACACGCCCGUGGCGGUCCAGCCCAUGCUGGACAUUUUGGAGGCAGUCAAUAGGUGGCAGCCUCACCUCGGCGAGACAAGGCCCAUUCUCAUACAUUGCGAAUCAGGAUAUCGCCGCAGUGGGGUGGUAGCUGUACUUCUGAAUGAAGUUCACCGGGUUCAAGACAACAAGGGCCAGAUAAACAUCGUGGACAGCGUGAAGACCAUGAAACAACGGAACAAAGAUAUUGUGCAGAACUCGGCACAACUUCGAUACAUCUACGACGUCAUGCAGGAACAUGUCAAACAGAUCGAUGUUUAUCAGAAUUUGUAG